AUGUCACCAUUGUCACCAGACCUUCCGUCACGACCAGAGAGUGCUCACAACAAGUACACAGAAAAUGUCGCGAGUGAAGCGACUGGAUUCCAGAAUACUUCGUACCAAGGUCUAAAGAGUCAAAAGAACAGAAGACGGCCAAGGGCCACGCACGACAUCUUGCCAAAGCCGCCGGAAUCGCCUAAAAACAUGAUCUUCACACAUUUCCAGAAAAAGGCUGAAGAGAAAGAAAAUGUCCACUGCGUGUUCUUACUAUGGGGCUCUGAAAACUCUGAAAUCUCAACAACCUGGGCUGUGGACGUUCCAAUUGCCGAUCCAAUGAAUGAAGAUGAGGUCUUCGCUUCGUUAGCAAAACAGUAUGCUACGGAACUUGGCUUCUUGCGAAGGUUUCUUUCUUUUCGAAAAUUCAGUAAACUCAGGCCCGUCACUUUCCGGUUGAUCAGCCGUUCCUCAAACAGAUUCUUAGCUUUCGCUAAACCUUUAGACCUGGUCAAUCUCCACAAGAUCGCCUCUGAGCGGCGAGAGAAAGUGGUGACAAUUAUUAGAACCAUACAAAACUUCAAUUCGGUUGGUUCUCAUCAACUCCCCGUUGAGAAGGCGAUACCAGAGGGUUUCGGCGACCUGGGGGUUGAACUGCUCUUUUACGCGGACGAUUUUCCAAACAAGUGCUAUGGCAACCGCUUGGGAGAAUGGAAGCAUUCUUGCAACGACGAUUCCUCGUACUACUUAACAAAUGACUGUAGUGAUCAUAUCUGCCCGUUUCAUAACUUGAAAACUUGCGACGAUGACCUAAGUUGGGUCGAAACUUUGCCUUUCCUCUCUUGCUACUUCCGCAACCCAGCCGGAGCACGCUAUCAAAAUAUACUCUCUGGGUGUUUUGACCAUUUCUUCAUUCAGAGGUACAGCCAUAUCAGUUUGCCACGCGACAAGUUCCGAGGGCAGAAUAGAUAUAUAGAACUAGAUGGCUUAUACAUUGAAACUGCUUGGGAUUCUAUCAAAUGCCUCUAUGUAUUUCUAGGUAUUCUCUUUUGUGUCGUAGCCGGAGGAAAACUUUUCUGGGGCAGCUGGGAGAUAGUAUUCGGUGCUGGAAGUUUCAUCGUUGCUUUACCGAUGUUAGUAUUGACAGUACUGAGUUAUUAUGAAGUCUGA